CUCGGACAACCCAGAAUUCUUGUCACUGCCAGUCCGCAGGUCCCCUCCUGUUCGUUUUCCUCCGUUUCUCCCUUUCUCUUCUCAUCUGUAUCCUUUCCCUCCCCCAUCCGCCCGUCUUCGUGAAGGACCACGCGCGUGCGGGCCUGGGACGGAGGCGGUGCUGGGGGGUGCCCGGGCAUCGCCCGGCGACACAGGGGCCCCUUUGGUUCAGAGCUCGCGACGCCCGGACUUCUGCGAUGGCCGCCCCCGCCGCCCUGCUCGCGCUGCUGCCCCUGUUGCUGGGCCCUGCGGCGGCCGCCGCGCCGGAGCUGCCGCCCGCGAACGGCGACGGCACGGGCACGCUGCUGGCCGGCACCUGUGGGCGCGCAGCCAAGAGCGACGUCCCGGACUGCGCCAAUGUGGACAAGGGCAGCUGCGGCAACGCCUGCUGCAAGCUGGCCUUCGUCCAGAGGGGGACCCAGCCACUGCCGUGCAGAUGCUGAACAAGAGCCUCGCGGGGGGCGGGCCGGACGGCCUCUUCACCCUGCAGCCGACCUUCGAGGGCACCCUGGGAUUCGCCGACCUCCGGCCGUUCAAGCAGGGCGUGGCUUUCAUUGGGCAGGUCCACCAUAUGACUUCUGGGCCCAGCCACUUCAAUGACACCAUCGACUUCACCAUCGCGCCCCAGGAGUGCGCCGGGGAGGCCCCCUGCAACGCGGAGGGUUCCAUCAUCCGCGCGUUUUCCCUCAGCCUGAUCGCGGGUGCCUACGGGGACAACGGGCAGAACUACAAAAACAUCGCGCUGGUCAU